AUGUCGGCGGCAUUGACGACCAACGUCGAUCAACGCCUGCUCCGUACGACCAAGUUCCCGCCCGAGUUUAAUGUCAAGGUUGACAUGCGCAAGGUCAAUAUCCACCUGAUCAAGUCGUGGGCGCAAAGCGAGAUUGAGAAGAUCCUCAACAACGACGACGAUGUGGUGCCCGAGCUGGUGAACAACAAGCUUGAAGAGUCGAGAUUCCCCAACAUCAAAGAACUGCAGAUCCAGCUCACCGGCUUCCUCGACAAAGACGCCCCCUCCUUCUGUCUCAGCCUCUGGAAGCUCUGUAUCAGUGGGCAAGACAACCCCCAAGGCAUCCCGAAAGAGUUGAUUGAAGCAAAGAAGGCCGAGCUCACUCAAGAGAAGGCCGAGAAAGAGAAGGCACGUGAGGAAGCAAUCAAACGUCAAGAAGCCGAGCUCGAGAGAGAGCGCGAGAUGGACCGCAUCAGAGAUCGUGAACGCAGCGAGCGUGGACGAGGCAGAGGUGGACGUGGCGGUCGCGAUUCGAACCGUCGCCCCCUCCGUCGUUCCCCUUCCAGAUCCAGGUCACCACCAAGACGCCGCCGUGACGAUGACGACUUCCGCAGACCUCCCCCCCGAGUCGACUCCUACGUGCCCUCGAACGGCAGACGUCGCCGCUCUCCAUCCACCGACCGGGAUGGCCACCGCUCGCGCUCCCCACCCGCGAGACGUAGCCGCCGAGACGCCUCGUCCUCCCGCUCCCCGCCGCCUCGCAAGAGGAGAAACACCAGCAGCGGCGGCUCAUCCUCGAGACCGUCCAGCAGGCGUCUCCGCUCUCGCUCGCCUGCCCGCAGAGGGCACUCUCCGCCACCGCGACGGUACCGCCGUCGCUCCUCGACACGAAGCCGCUCGCCCCGCCCAAAGCGAAGCCGCAGAGACUCGCCAAGCCCUCGCCGCCGGGCCAGCACCUCCUCUUCCGCCUCCCCCGCCGCCAAUCGCAAGGUUGGCGCUUCCCUCGCCGCCGACGACCUGAUGGCGAGCGAUCGCCGUCGGGGAGAUCGCGCCGAGCAGCUGCGGCUCAGCCGCGACACGAGCGAGGGUGACGUGGAGCCCACCCCCGGACAGAAACUAAUCCACCCCCAGUCAUACGCCUUCAAAGGCGCGGCUCAGCGCGCCGCUCUCGCUCGCGCGCAGGCCCAAGUUGCCGCCCCAUUGGCCGUCCCCAAGGGGCCAAGCCAGGCGAGCACCCUGCGCGAGAAGCUGCUCAAAGCGCAGCUGAUGAAGAAGCUGGCGCCCUUCCGCGAGGAGGCGGUGCGGAAGAACAGGGAGGCGGAGGAGGCGGGUGCUGGCGCUGCUGGCGGGCGGGCUGGCGAGUCUCUGGGGUAAGUGAGCGUUGCUUUUUUUGCUUUUUUGCGUUUUUGCACUGCAUGGCGGGUGGGAGGGGGUUUGGGAUGGGGCGGAUGGGCAGGAGAUAGAUUGGGAAUGGGAGGGUGUUUGCUGGCGUGUGUUUGUUCUUUUCCCUUCUCGUGUCACUUUGUCUGUCACUGGUCGUGUGCACCUGUUAAAUGUUUGCCUUCGUGUGAUUGCUGUACGUCG